UGCAGACUUGUUAAGAGAUGACACAAGCUGAUCGCCAUACCUCCAAAAUGAAGACCGCACUAUUAGUUCUCGCAUUCGCUGCACUCGCCUACGCCGAGAGAUCAGAAGGUGACUCUGGGCUUGUGGACCUCGUUAUCGGUGGGGAUCAAUUAGUCGAAGGACGACUUUUUGAAAACUUAAUCGACCUUGAUGUCAACAGGCCGAGCCCAGUUUUAGUUGCGAGGAGACAGAAGCGCUCUCCGCUUCUAGGAGGAUUAAUUGGCGGCCUGUUUGGCAGACCCACACCCAAACCCAAACCCCAACCUAAGCCUGUGCCAAGCCAAGACCUGGAAAAUGAGGCGGAAACUGCAACUGACGAUGCUUUGAUCUUGGAAGAAUCUUCAGAAGAAGACAGAAAAGGAAUCAACAUUGGCUUGGGACCAAUCAGCAUCGGAAUCGGCAAAUGAAUACACUAACAGAUAUGACAGCCUACGAACCAACCAAAAUUUUAAGAAGCAUUAAAAAUAAAAUGAAUUAUUUUA